AUGAAACCACCAGAGGGUGCUAAAGUGCCAGAUGGGAAAGCUUACCAAGUUGUCAAGGGGCUUUAUGGCCUUAGGCAAUCAGGGCAGGAAUGGAACAUGGAGUUUGACAAGUUCCUUUGGCACUCAAAUUUUCACAGGCUUGACUGUGCCCCAUGCAUUUACACCAGAGGAAUGGGGAAUGACUUUGCAAUUGUGAUCAUUUAUGUUGACAAUACAUUGAUCAUAGCCCCAAAGCUGGAAGUAGUCAAGUGCAUCAAGGAGGAAAUAGGUAAGAGAUGGAGGAUGGAGGAGGGCAGCAAUGUAUCCCACUUCUUAGGAAUCAAGAUCUCCAGGAAUCGAGAAGCAAAGACCAUGGACCUUGAGCAAACCAGCUACAUCAAGCAACUGCUAGACAAACACUUGGACAAGCACAGAAGAAAGUCCAGCAUACCACUUCAAGACAUCCCAGUCACAGAAAUGGCAGCAAGCAUUGCAGAGCAAAAGGAGUACCCACAGAUUGUUGGCAAACUUCUGUGGCUCUCCAAUGGUACAUGUCCAGACAUCAGCCAAGCCAUUGGAGUCCUUGCAUGCUACAUGACACAGCCAUCAAGGGAGCACUACAAUGCAGCACAGAAAGUGCUCCAAUAUCUAGACCACACACAGGAUACCCAUUUGCAAUAUGGCAGCAACAAGCAACAAGAUUUCUUGACAGCCCAUAGUGAUGCAAACUGGGCAAGUGACACUACAGCACAGUGUAAAAGCUCAUCUGGCUCAGCUGUGUUUGUGUACAGCAAUCUGGUGGCAUGGAAGUCAGCACUGCAGCACUGCACCACAUUAUCAGCAGUGGAAGCAGAGUUUGUGGCUGCAACAGAAGCUGCACAGGAAGUCCUGUUCUUUGAACAUCUUUUCAAGGCCAUAGGAAUUGACAUUGGUAUCCCUACAAUCUUCUCAGACAACACUGGUACCAUCCAGGUUAGCAAGGACCCUGCACAACAUUGGAAGUUAAAGCACAUUGACACCAAGUAUCACUUCAUCAGAGAUAAUGUGCAAGAUGGUAAGGUCAAAAUCAAGUACAUUAACACCACAGAGAACCUGGCAGAUAUCUUUACCAAGCCAGUGGGGAAGGAUGUGCUACAGCAUGCACAACAGGGGCUAGGGCUAACAACUCAGCAAGGUGCAGCAGCUCAGCAGAGCAGCUCAGCAGUCUCCUGCUUUGCCACUGAGGGAGGCAGUGGAGGGAGGUGUGACAAUGUAGGAAUUCUGCUGUUGAAAAUUUUUGCAGCAGUCCAGCCCACAUGCAAAUGGAGAGGGGGACUUGGGAACUUCUAG